AUCGCUCCGCUCAGAGAGAGGACAAGCCCUUGGAGCAGGACCUGGAGAGAGCUGCUGCACUCGCACAGAUCUUUACUGAGGUUUUCCAGACACAACUGCAGGGCUGAAUCCUACCGCAAAAGUUCUUUGUGAACCCAGGAGGAAAAACAAGCCUGCUUGUUGCAGAGAGUAUUGUAAAAAGGAAAUGUAUCCUUCUAUUGUAUAAAUAUAGCACUGCCUGGGACUAGACUAUUUCAUAUUCUCGAUUAUCUGAACAAUACAAAGUUGAAAAUAUCUGUUCAGCGUGAAAGGCUUUUGUUUUUCAACAUAAAUGAUUAAUUGAAAUUCCCUACAUAUUCAAUCAUAAUUUUAAUGAACUAGGCCAACUUUGGAACAUUUGUAUUGACAGUUGGGUUGAAAAACAGUUCUAAUAAAGGUGGAGAAGAUGUAUCUCCAGAUACAUUUUUCAGCCAUGCUACAAAUACUUAAAACUGAGUCAUCUUAUAUAUGUGUCUCAACAAGGACACAGAAAGAAAGACUGGCUUAUAUUUACAUAUUGCUUUGAAUAUGCAAAGCACUAAGUUAUCUUUAUUGGGAACAUUUAUUUGCCUUGAUCUGGCUGCUGGCAAAACCGAGAGCAGGGCUGUGUGUGACAAUGUCAUUUUAUGCCAGCCUCAAGUUUACACAAUUACAGUUUAAUGCCGGGGAGUUUGCGGCUUGCUGAGCACUUUGGCCCGGCUUGCAGAGCCGGGUACAGGUGAGCGGUACUUGGAGGCCAGGCAGGCACAGCGGCCUGGAACAGGACAGUGGAAAGAGCUCCCACUUAGGCUGACAGAAAUGGCCCUUCCUCUCUGGAAGAACUUAGUUCAGACUACAAAGAAAAAAAUACUACAACAGAGAAGGUUGUCACUGUAUAAUGGUGCUGAUGGCUAUGAAGAAGAAUUGAUAAAGAAGAAACUUCAACAGUUUUCUGGUGGAUCCAUCAACCUUUCCAAAGAAGACAAUGGCAUUGGAAUACUUACUUUGAAUAACCCAAAGCUAAUGAAUGCCUUUACAGGUACUAUGAUGGUAGAACUCCAGGAGAGGGUAACUGAACUGGAAAACUGGAAGGAUGGCAAAGGUCUUAUAAUCCAUGGUGCAGGAAACACUUUUUGCUCAGGAUCUGAUUUGAAUGCUGUCAAAGAAAUAUCCAACUCCCAGGAUGGGAUGAAUAUGUGCAUGUUUAUGCAAAACACCUUAACCAGACUUAUGAGGUUGCCUUUGAUCAGUGUUGCACUAGUUCAAGGAAAAGCUUUUGGAGGAGGAGCAGAACUUACCACAGCAUGUGAUUUCAGGUUGAUGACGCCUGGAAGUGAAAUUCGGUUUGUCCACAAGCACAUGGGUCUGGUGCCAGGCUGGGGAGGAGCUGCCCGGCUGGUGCGGAUCGUGGGCAGCGGGGCAGCCCUGCAGCUGCUGGCCGGGGCUGCCCGGGUGGACCCCGAGAGAGCUCUGAGCUUGGGGCUCUCCGACGAGACGCUGCCGUCCUCAGACCAAACCAGAGCGCUGGGAGAGGCCCGGGCCUGGCUCAGUCACUACACACACGGUCCGGCCGCUGUGAUUCGGGCUGUGAAAAAGGUGGUGACAGCGGGAAGAGAGCUCCCACUGGAAGAUGCCCUAAGGACAGAGAAGGACAUUUUUGGAACUGUAUGGGGUGGGCCUGCCAAUUUGGAGGCAUUGGUUAGAAGACCAAAACAUAAAUGAUGGUUUAUGCAUAAGAAAUGGGCUUGACCUUUUUGCAAACAAAGCUUUCAGUAAAGCAGCCAUUAAACUGAAUCAUUUAAUGACUUGUCCAUUUAAAAUGGCAUUAACAUUCCUGCCAUUUAGGUCAGGCAGGCGUAUUUGGUGUGCAACCACAGAGAAAUCCCGGGCAGAUUCUCUACUGUCCUAAUCACCCACUGAAUAGAGAUUAGUGAAAUUACUAUGUAAAGGUAAAUACUGUGCUGAAAAUAGAACUAUAAUUCAUUUGGAAUGAGACUGAAGAUUAUUUUAUUUGGUGUUUUGGUUUUUUUUAACUAGGAUGGAAAUUAAUUAUUUGAAAGUUGAGAGGUUUAUUCAUUUGUGGAAUAGGUGCAUCUAAAGCUGCAAAAUACAAGUUCCCCAACAUGAGACCAGUGUCUUUAAGAGCAGCUUGCAAAAGAUGAUUACCAGUGGAAGGACAGCUUUUAUUUUUUCAUUCUAGUUAGUUCUUUGUGUAAUUGCUGAGAAAGUAUCCUUCAAUUUUAAUGGUGCUUUUAUAGGAGAACCUUUGUGUUAGUGAGGAGCUUCUAGCACUCAUUCACUAUCACUGAUUCAGGUUUUUAAAUGUAUUUUGGUGUCUUCUCACUGCUCAAGGAAUCAACUACCCACACACACAUCUGCACAUUCCCAUAUCCUGUACCUGUGCAAAGCUGCUGGCCUGGUUCUUUACACAAACUCUAGCUGAAAUCUUGGAAGGCCAUGAUGUAUCAUGCCCUGAAAUGGCUUGUCCUUAGUUGACUGGAUGAUGUGAGUACUUCAGCAUUCUGUUAAGAUGUGCAUGGAUAUGUUUAUGUCUUUCUUCAAUGCAUUUUUACUGGUAGGGUGUAUUUGGGCUGAUUGGAAGGUUUGGAACUCAGUCUCCACUUCAUGCCAGUGACUAUGCAAGUAAUUGGAUAAAUCAGUGGGGAACGUUUUCUUUUUAGAAAUUAAGAAACUGACACACAGUGCCUUAAAGAGAUUUAAAAAUAAACAUCUGUGAGAGAAAAACCAUA